AUGCAGAACCACGCAUUUACCGCGCCAUCUGGCUCGCGCACCGGUGGCCUGGCGCGGUCAGGCACCUCUGCGCGUCGCUCCGCCGCCGUAUGCCGCGCCGCCGCCACUGAUCGUGUCAAGCUGGGGGGAUCCGACCUGGAGGUGUCCACCUGCUGCCUGGGUACGAUGACGUGGGGCAAGCAGAACACAGAGGCAGAGGCGCACGAGCAGCUCAGCUACGCCUUUGACGCGGGGCUCAAUUUUCUGGACACCGCCGAGAUGUACCCUGUCCCUCCUGCCAAGGAGACCCAGGGUCGUACCGACCUGUACAUUGGCAGCUGGCUCAAGACAGGGCGCGUAAAGAGGGAGGACGUGGUCAUAGCCACCAAGGUCAGCGGGUACAGCGUACAGAACUCGUACGUGCGCAGCCCUCCUGAGACGACGCGUGUUACCAAGGCCCAGAUCAAGGCCAGCGUUGACGCGUCGCUGCAGCGGCUGGGGGUUGACCAUGUUGACCUGCUGCAGAUCCACUGGCCGGACCGCUACGUGUCGCUGUUUGGCGCCCCCACCUACGACAUCGCAAACGAGCGCGAGGGCGAUGUUCCGUUUGAGGAGCAGCUCAGGGGCCUGGAGGACGUGGUCAAGGCCGGAAAGGUGCGCUACGUGGGCGUGUCCAACGAGACCAGCUACGGCGUGUCAGAGUUCGCCUGGGCUGCCAAGACGCUGGGGCUGCCCAAGAUUCAGACCAUCCAGAACUGCUACCACCUGCUGUGCCGCACUGCAUACGAGACGGACCUCGCGGAGACCUGCAGGCGCCACGACGUGAGCCUGCUCGCCUACAGCCCGCUGGCGGGUGGCGCGCUCUCCGGCAAGUACCUGACCCGGGACGCGCCCAAGGAGGCGCGCUUCAACCUCUUCCCCGGGUACAUGGAGCGUUACUACCAGAGCCUGGCCAGGAGCGCGACGGAGGAGUACGCUGAGCUGGCCAAGAAGCACGGCCUCACGCCCACGCAGCUGGCCCUGGCCUGGUGCCGCUCACGCUGGUUUGUGAGGUCGACCAUCAUCGGCGCCACCAGCCUGCCCCAGCUGAAGGAGAACCUGGAUGCCUUCAGCGUGGAGCUCUCGCCAGAGGUCAUCGAGGGCGUCAACCAGCUGUACAAGAAGUACAGCUUCGGCAACCUUGCGGCUCUGGGCGGCUUUGGCAGCUCGGGCAACCUCGCGGGCAUGCACGGCGGCAGCAGCGGCAGCAGCACGCCGACGCCGGCUUCCCAGCAGGCGCAUGCAGCGCAGGCGACGCCGCAGCUGCUUCAGCAGCACCUCCAGCAGCGCGCGAAGCAGCAGCAGCUUGCGGCACAGCAGCAGCAGCAACAGCAGCCGCAGCACCUGCAGCAGCAUGCGCAGACGCCGCCGGUCCCACAGCGCGCCGCCAGCAAGGAGCCCGCCCUCAUCCGCAACGUCUUCAGCGAGCCGUCCUUCAGCAACAUGUCGGCCUGA